AUGUCAAUCAUCUCCAACUUUUACUUUUGCCAAUAUUUCGAAGUUGUCGUCGGCAAAUUGCUCAUGAUCACCUGGCAAUACGGCUAUUCUCCCAUUCCCGGUUCGUUUCUUUUCUGCUGAACAUGUAUUGCAAGUACGGUUUUCUUCAGGAGUGCCCAAAUCGACGCACUACCUCGGAUGGGCCAACGAGAACCAGCCGAUGAUGCCGAAAAUCCGACGAUUCGACGAUGCGCUUCCGCUGUUUCUCGGCAGUUUUCUGAUAUGGCACUACAUGAUGCAAAUGGUUUUCUUCAUCUUUUUCUAUUGUCUGGAGCGAGUGAUUGCGACAGUGUUGUUGGGGUCAGUCUCCACUAUCAUUUUUCAUUCGAUACACUGGUAACCACGCCUUCUUUUGCAGAACGUACGAGAAGCACAGCCGUUCGUACAUCGCCAUCUCGAUCCUGAUCGCGGCGAACCUCACGACGCUCACAGUCACUUAUCUGCUCUUCUUUCUCCACAUUUCAUUCGUCUCCAGUGUCCUCAUUUGUUCGUCAGUGGUUACUGUAUCUGUUAUUGUGGGUCUCGAUCUCGGACCACCGUAAUCCUUCCCUUUUCUCAGAUGUAUGUCACUAUACUUUUGGUGAAUGUGAAGAUUAGCAGGAACUUGAAGAAUGACACGUUGGAGAGGCGAAAGAGAAAAUUCGAAAAGUACUCGUUGGCCUAUCGAUUUCAACUCGAAGAAAACCUCCGAGCGUUUCAAGUAGGUCCAAUUACAGUACUCCUGUUACCUACGUCUUGCAGCUCGCCAGAAAAGUGAUAAUAUGGAUCGGAAUCUACAUUGUGCUGAACAUUUCGCUACUAUUCCUGAUCAACCUGGACCGCCUGCCCGCCCACGCAAAUCUCGUCCUCGUGUUCGUCGUCGAAAAUUGCAUUUAUCUGUGAGCGAACAGACACACUAAAUAUUUGGGCGGCGGUAGUUCAAACAUCGCAUUCUCAGAAAUCCGCUGCUCGUUUGCUCCGUCACCGUGACCGCCGUCGAACCGUGGCGCUCGGUGGUCGAGCGCGAUUUUCAAGUUUUCACGUCUUUUUUCGGCGCAACAAACAAAGUGGAGGAUUCGGAGCGAAUUGCGGAAGAAAAGAGUGGAGCCGCGCAACCUGCUCAGCUCGAAACGGACAUUUAUUUUCGAGAUUUGAACGCGAUGUGGGCUUGA